AUGUUCACGACGGCAGCGCAGUUAUUGGAUUUGACAGAUAAAAAACUUGUUCUUGUCCUUCGCGAUGGCCGGAAGUUAAUCGGUGUCCUUCGUAGCUGGGAUCAAUUCGCAAAUCUGGUGCUCCAAGAUACCGUUGAAAGAACAUAUUCCGGUAAAUUUUAUGCCGAAGAGCCUGUCGGCCUUUUCCUCGUGCGCGGCGAAAAUGUUCUACUGUUGGGAGAGAUUGAUCUCGAUACCGAAGACGACGUGCCCGAGACGCUUACCAGGGUAUCCAUCAAGGAAAUCAAGGAGUUGAAAUCGAAAGAAGAGGAAGAGCGAAAGAAGAAAGAGAAACAGAGCUACGGUAAACUAUCAGAACUUGGGUUCGAGCCUGAACACAGCGGGGAGGUGCUCUUCUGA